AUGCAUUGUGCUCACCAAAAUUCAGAGAUUUUUUACAUACGAAGGCUUCGCAAUAAAGAAGGCGAACUGCUUUAUACUUCUGAUGAGUCAUCAGUAGAUGAAACUCAGUGCGUUGAAGCACAGUGUCAUAAUAGAAAGGAAGAUGAUGAUAGUGCUGCCGAAAAAGUUAAUUUUUUCGAAAUUGUUGAGACGAAUUUGUUGGAAAAAGAUCUCUUUCUUGAUAUUGAUGGACCGGUAGCAGCUUCUAUACCAUUAAAACAGUACGAUGUAAAGUAUAAGGCUUUCUUCGAGCAUGUAAAAGUGAAGGUAGGUGAAGAGUUACUUGUGAAAAGAAGUGAUGACGAUCGUGAUAAUUUAAAGUGGCCACUUUUUUUUGUGCAGAUCCAGCGCGAUGACUUGCUUGAUCUCUUAGAAGAGCAACUUGAUUCACUAGAGCCAACAGAUUCCAUUAGUGAAAGUGAACUGCAAGUAGGUACGUUAUGUGUAUCGUACUGUCGUGCUUUUGACUCACUGUUUCGAGCUGUCAUUACAAAUGUAUGUGAUACUGGUAUCGAAGUUCAUUACAUCGAUUACGGCAAUUAUGAAAUGGUCAAAUCAAAUGAUUUGAAGUCCAUUAAUAAUCUGUCUGAUAUUUCUCGUACUCAUCCGGGAAUGGCGAUUCCUUGCAUACUCUACAAUGCACAAAAUUCAGAUACUUUAGCAGUUGAUGACGAUUUAGUAGCAAAUCUGAAAAAAAAAGUUUCAUGUGAGCACCAAUCAUUCCUUCUUCGAGUGAUUAAGGAAGAUGGUAAUGGCAUAUGUACGGUCGAGUACAUUUCUUCCUAG